AUGGAGUCCAUCUCGACGUGGACUCCUAAAAGGGUGGUGGCUUGGUUGACAGGCUUGGAUCCAGCAUUGCAAGACUACCCGUUGGAGAAGUGGCAUUUGAGCGGAAAGCAGCUCCUUCACCUAUCCUAUCGGGACUUGGAGGAUUUGGGAGUGAGUUGCAUCGGCCAUCAGGAACUGCUUCUGGAAGCUGUGGAACAGCUCUGUGUAUUGAACUACGAGCUGGAGACGUCCAACCUGCGAACGCUCACCGAGAAGCUUCAAGGGGUCGUCCAGACUAUCUGGGCUUUCAUCCUGAGCCACAGGAAGGUGAACACCUACAACGGAAAUGCAGUGCAGAAGCCCUCCUCGGAGCUGCUGGCCUGUGUUGUGGAGCUGAUUGGUGCGGCGAAGGGCCUGUUCUUGUGGCUUAACAGGUAUCUUUUCUCCCACCUGAAUGAUUAUUCGGCCAGCCGGGACAUCAUCUGGCUCUGUGGAGAUCUGGCAGAGACCGUGCAGAAGGAUUGCACAGUCUCUGAAAGAGAAGACCGGAUAUUACUGAUAGGCAAGCACAUCUCCGGGAUCUGUGAGCACAUCUUGAGUUACAGUCCGACCAACCUUCUGAAUCAAACUGCCGUCUUGGAGACUGUGACACUUGAACAAGCAGGGCCAGAAGACAGCUUGGGCAUCGAGAUCAAAUCCUCUCCCUCCUGUCUCCAUUUCAUAUCGGGGACUGCCCCAGAGUCCCCGGUUGAGAACUACAAUCGGGUCCUCACAGGGGAUGAGAUAAUCCAAGUCAACGACCAGGUGGUGGUGGGUUGGACUCGGAUGAAUCUGGUGAGGAAGCUGCUUGAGACGCCAAGUCGAGUGACUUUGGUGCUGAAGAAAAUCCCGCUCGGUCUGUCCAUUCCUGGCUCCCCUGGGUCUCCUCAGCAGCAGCCAGAAGACCGCUUUUUGGAUGCCGCAGAAUCUCUAAGCUUGAGGAGUGAUGAGUCUCCGACCAGUGCUGCUUCUCUGUCUUCCAGAAGCAUGGCUGCUGAGCUGGACGAGAGUGAUGUGGCAUUAGACUUUCCUGUUGCAGAAGAAGAGCUGGAGGAAAUUGCUUCGAGUCACGUAGCUGAAGAGGAGCUCCUUGGUGCAGGGGCAUCCAUUGAUCCUCUACUGGAAGACCAGAGUCUCCGGGCAGACUCCAAGGAACACCAAAACACCCCAGAUGCUGCCACCCCUACCAAACCCAGUGCCCUGGACCUUGGCUCUCUGGAACCUGGAAGCCCUGGGAACGGAUUUAUCAGAGGAAGUACAGGUCUGGGAUCUGCUAGUUCUUCCAGAGAGGGCAGCAUUGAAUAUCGACGGAAGCAAAAAGGAAUGGCUACCCGGCUGAGCCGACGGCGGAUCUCCUGUCAGGAUCUGGGGCAGGUGGACUGCGACGGUUGGCUCUUGAAGAAGAAAGACCACGUGGGCUUCAUGGCCCAGAAAUGGAAGCGGUUCUGGUUUGUGCUGAAAGGACAAGCCCUCUACUGGUACAGCCACCCCAAUGACGAGAAGGCAGUCGGCCUGAUCAACGUGUCGACCUACAAACUGGAAAGCACCAAAGAGCAGAAAAAGAAAUAUGUUUUCCAGCUCACACAUGAGAAAUACAAGCCCUUCAUCUUUGCAACGGAAACGCUGGCUGACCUAAGCAUGUGGGUUAGUCGUUUGAUAACGUCAAUGAUGAAGUACCUGCCAGUCUCUAAAUCUGGUCCACAUAACCAAGAAGAUUGCUACAGUGAAACGGAAGCUGAAGACCCUGAUGAUGACUCGCCAAGGCCCGGCCUUGACAGGCAGCCCAGACGGAGGGAACUGGAAAGAGACCAGCUGCUAACAGGGAGCAGUGAAUCCCCAAGCGGAAGCCCUGUCAGCAGUCCGCUGUCAAGUCAAAAAGCAUAUGGGAGUCCAGCAUCCUCUCCCACAGACCCUGCAGGAGAAGAACUCGAGUCCCUGAUCAAGUGUUUGAAGCAAGGGGGAGUCUCUCUCAUUGGCAAGCAGCAAACAUUCACCCGCGAGCAGUACCGGAAAUCUUUCAUCAAACGAAACAAGAACCCAGAGAUAAAUGAGAAGGUGCAUCUCAUCCGGACCCUUCAAAGCACACUCAAGGCAAAAACUGCCGAACUCCAACUACUUGACGCUCUCCUGGAUGACUGUGAACUGACCUCUGAGAAAUUCAGUCACUGGAAAAUACAAAAUCAGGAACUGUAUCAGGAAAUACAAGCAUGGUGGUCCCCGAUGGUCCGCCCUGAAAACAGUGCCGGAACAGACUCCGCCUCGGCUGUCGGCUCCGAAGAUGAAGUGGUUGCUCCGUAA